AUGAAUCUACACUUCCAGCCAACUGAUGACAAUCCUUACGCUUGGGAUUUUGCUGACAAUAUUACUGGUAUGCCUACUAAACCUUAUGAUGAAUUGGAGAGCAUAUCGCUACUGUUGAGGAUCAGUUAUAUAGCAGAGACGUCAUUGGGUGGCACUCUGUCAUUUACUAUGUUAUACUUGGUCUUGUGCAAAAGUAACAGUCAGCUGAAACCGUACAGUAGAAUGUUACUGUUGUGUACUCUAACUGACAUUACUUACUGGGCUACUGAUAACUUUAUUCAAGUGGUAAGUUAAACAUUUUUUUACAUUUUUUUAAACUUAAAAAAUUUUGAAAAUUUUACAUUUUCUUUUAUUGUCACUUUACAUCCUAAACUCUGCUGUAGUAUAAUAUAUAAUAAUAUUUAGAAGUCAAAGUUAUCUGACGGAGUAUUCAUGGUGAAGAUGGAAGGUCCAGCACGUUAUUUAUCAUACAACGGUCAAGUCGUAUCAAUGUCGGUAUACGUGAUAUUUUUAUCGUUUAUACACACUAUUCUGCCAGCGCAGUACUAUUACAGGUAUUACUUAGUUACAAGGUUAGUUAAUUUGCAUUAAUUACAAUUAAAAUUUCUGACAUUUAUUACUUGUUAAUGUACUUGUACGGACACGAAAUACUAUAAAGCUUAUUUUCAGAUCAAAAACUUUGAGCAUUUGUCAAACUUUGGUGUUAUACACGAUAUCAUUUAUGUUUGCCUUUCCUAUGGGUCUUAUAGCAUAUCCUGCUUACAGUAUAUCAGCUCAAGAAAGGCCUGGAUUCAAUUACGGUACCCUAUGGUUCAGAGAAGUUCCUGUGCCACCAAUACUUUAUGCUGAUAUUGUAGGUUUUGCAUUACAUUUUCUUCUUAGAUUUUACAACUUAUUUAUUUUUUUACCAUGCUUUCGGUAAUUCAAAAUUAGAAUAAAUUAUUUCAAAAUUUCAUUUUACCACACAAACCUAUUAAAUUGUAACAAUAAAGCUAGUUGUCUACUACAAACUAAAAUACUCUUUCGUAAACGUGUGACACACAGUAAAGUACAAAAAGUGUCACUUGAUAAACCCAAAGAUAUCAAGUUUAGUAGUUUAGGUUAAAAAUGUUAACCUGACAAAAUUUGUAGUUCAGGCUUACUUAAAAACCGAAUUUUAUUAAAAAGUAAUUCAGAAAAUGAUAGAAAACGACUUUUUAAAUGUCAUACAAAAAUAAAAGCUGGACUGCGUAUGCUUAACAGAAAUUACUUUCAGCGUAGCAUAUACCACAAAAGCUACUUUAUCUAUGCUAUCAUGAUGGUAGGCGGUGGGUAUGUAUUUGCAUUAGGAUUUGCUUACAAAACCAUGGUAUAUCUUCGAACUCACAAAAAUGUAUUUACCUCACGUACUAAAGCCAUGCACGAUCAACUCUCAAGAGCCCUAUUGUUCCAGGUAAUAAUUUAUUUUGGUUACUAG